ACAGAAAAAUUAUAUGUUCAAUUAUAGAAAAAGAAAAUACCUUAUUCAUUUGAAUUCAUAAUAUUUCUAUACGACAUCGCUGUAGUUGAAGUUGAUGAGUGGCUCGGUGUAAGCCCAGCCUUCAUCAGCUCCUCCUCCGCUGAAAACCUGUUUGCACUGCUGUCUUCUUCGCUGCAUAUCCAGCACAAGCACUAGACCACCAGCGCCAGCCAUGCAAGCCCUUCAUCUUAUAUUUGAAUUCGAAUAGAAACCCAAUGGAAAAAAUUUAGGUUCGCUCUGCUCUUCUCAAUCGACGGGUUUCUUAACAAUAUCUAUCCUUUUCUGUCCAUUUAUCUUUGUUCUUAGCUAUCCUUUUAAUUUCUGUCGCUUGUUCUUAGCCCUUUAUGAGUGUUUUGCGUUUUUGCACAGAACAUGUUUGAUAUUUUUACCAGCUGCCAAUCAGAACCCAACGCCGUUUGGGUUGAUAUUUGUGCUACAAUCCCACCUCUGAUUUGACUCUCAUUUUCUCCCUUGGCCUUUUCAUUUAAUUUGUGAUGACUGCUUUGUGGAACAACUUCUUACAUAUCUUCUGCUGAAUUAACAAGGGGUUGAAUUUAAGGAUGUGCACAGGCUCAGUGAUGGCCAAGUCAAGCACUCUCCAUAAUUCUUUUAUGCUGGUUCUCUCUGGAAGGUUAGUGCUCAGGCCUUCAAUGAUGAAGAUCCUCUAAGGACGUUGAGCUCUUGGUAGCAUUCUGUUUACUACAAAGGAGAAAGUAGAGGAGAGGGCUCAAUUAUAAUUUUUUUUAACUCUUUGUUGACUAAUUUUUCGCGCGCUCAAGCAUAUAAAGUGUUAUAAGCAUUAUAAACACGUAAAGUGUAAUUUUUGAAACUUGGAAGGGUUGGUAAUUUUCAAAAAAAAAAAAAAACUCAGAGAAAGAGAGGAAUAAAUUACUUAAACCCUCCCCAGCUCACUAUAUGCUAUACCCUCUCUCAGUCACCAAACCCGACCUGCCCAAGACGAUCCACAGUUAAUUCAAUCGCUGCAAAAAAGCUUAGAAGUAAUCGCAUUCAAUCCCGGCGGCACUAAGAAGCCCGAUUUCAAACAGAUUGCAAUGAGAAAUUUUGUAAAUGUGGUAGCGAGAUCCUUCUCUCUAUCAAGCAGCCUCCUUUCACAUCUUCAUAAAGUUCAGUUCUCUCCUCGAAAGAUUUCACCCCACUUAGCUACUAUAACUGAAGUCAUUGAUCAUUGCAAACAACUCACAACACGGGUGUCUUUUGAUGAAGGGGAGGUCAAAGAUGAUAACUUGAAUCAAAUGCUUAUUGCUGUUGAAAAUGCCCCAGAAUCUGCCACCAGAAAAAUCGGAACUGCUUAUGUCCAUAACUUGUGUAAAGCUGGAAACCUUUUCACUGCGGUUAGACUGCUGCAAUCAUUAUGUGAUAAAAACAUUUUCCUUGGCCCUAGUGCUUAUAAUAUCAUUUUGGUGGCAGCUAGUGAAAAAAAUGAUAUUGCGAUUUUGUCCCAGGUUUUUAAGGAUUUGAUUGUGUCUUGUCAGUCUUUGCCUUCGACUUCGUAUCUGAAACUUGCCAGGGGUUUUGUGAAGAAAAAUGAUGAUGUCCAGCUACUGAGACUUGUCAAAGAAGUUUCUGAAAUGACAUUCCCGAGUAGCAUGAUGGUUGUAAAUAGAAUUAUCUUUGCCUUUGCUGAAUGUGGGCAGUUUGACAAAGCCCUUCUGAUAUUUAAGCAGAUGGAGGAUCUGAAAUGUAAGCCGGAUUUGGUCACGUAUAAUACUGUUUUGGAUCUUCUAGGCCAUGCAGGUCGGAUUGAUGAAAUGCUCUGUGAGUUUGCCUCCAUGAAGGAAGCGGGAAUUCUCCCAGAUUUUAUUUCUUACAAUACUUUGCUAAAUCAUUUAAGGAAGGUAGGAAGAUUGGAUUUGUGUUCGGUGUAUUCCCGGGACAUGGUUGAGAGUGGAAUUGAACCAGAUUUGCUUACAUAUACUGCAUUGAUUGGGAGUUUUGGCCAAUCUGGAAACAUUGAGGAAUCAUUGAGACUCUUCAAUGAGAUGAAGACAAAGCAGAUCCGCCCAUCUAUUUAUAUAUAUCGAUCGUUAAUUGCCAGUUUGAAGAAGAUGGGUAAGGUGGAAUUGGCAAUGACCCUUUUGGAAGAGAUGAAUGCAUCAAUGUCAAACCUAGCCAGUCAUAAGGAUUUCAAACGAACACGCAAGUAGUUGUGCAUAGAGAAGCCAGGGUUUUGCAUUGUGACGGAGAGUACUGAGUUCAGAAGUUAGCUCAAGCUGGGAUAUGCGGUGGAGGUCCUCUACCUGUCUUUAAGUUGAUAACGUGGUAGAGGCUUGCUGGCUUUUUCUGAUGCCAGUGCUUUCUAGUGAAUAAUUGCCUACUCAUCUCAAGGUGAAGGCAAGAAGAUGUUUACUCCAAUUGGUUUUGGUGGCAGCCUGGCACCAAUUCUAUUAGAAAUCUUAGAAAUUCUUUCACAAGAGAUUUGCACUGAUCCCACCUUGUAAAUGUUUCAGUCUCAUUCCUCUGUAACCAAGUGCUGCAAAUGGAACAGUGGAGGCUUGGACGUUAAACCAAUUUCACAAUAUCAAGGAUCUAUGCUUAUCUUGGCAAAGCAUCAUCUUAUGAUCAUGCACGCAAUUCUAUUCACCUCAAGACAUGGGCUUAGGCUGGAAAUCUUGGCUACAUUUUCACUCCCUCAUGAUUUCAAGAAAACAAAACGGCGAAGUAUAAGCAAGGUGGAUAGAACAUGCUAAAUGAUGUAUCUAUCCCAUGUGAAUUCAACUAACUGUCUUGGAUCAAGAAAGUAAACUAAGGGAGAUGUAGCAUAUUUUAAUGUUUUUCCUAA